CAUCGCUCAAUAAUAAUUCCAGGCACCGCUUACCCCGUCAACGGUUCGACCUACGCCCACAUUCCCGUGGCAACAUAUCCCUCUCAAAAUUGUUCCUUUCGCUCCGUCUCCAACGUAUUUACCGCCCUUUCUAAAGAAUCCUUAUUCAACAAGGACCCCACCUUCGCCAAAAUCAUGGCAAAAAUCAUGUCCUGCAAGCACACUUGUAACUUUGUGGAUCGCGAGCCGAACCGGAUCGUAAAUUGCGAUCCGAUCCACGAGCCAGUCGUGGAUCGGGUCGUGGAUCGCGAGGCAAAAGUUACAAAUGUGCCUGCAAGGGAACCACGUUUGUCCCCCAGUUCGUCGCCCAGCUAACCCGACUCGUAACCACGCCCGACGUCCUCAUCUCCGAAGUUGAACAGUUGCCAAAAAUGAAAAUGAUGGCAGAAGAAGUCGCACCUCAAAAGGAUUUCCAGAUUUCUACGGACAAAUUAAUCCAUCCGAUCUACAUCGGCGUGGGAGACGACCUACUCGGUCCUGCAGUGAGAAAGAUGCUGAGAUCCUUCAGUGAAGCCGGGUAUUUCGGGUAUUACGUCAGAUCUAUUAAGGAGGCGGGAUUUUUAAAUUUUUGGGGCAAGAUGGACCGCACAUCCGAUCAAUAAGAGGAGACGAAGGGAAAGUGGGGGAGUUGUGAGACUAAAUAUGAACCAUAUCAAGCCAAUGAUAACGCUUUGCUUGAUGCUGGAACUGAUCGGGCUGGUGUUGUUUGUGAGGGAGGUGGUAAUUGGUAGGAGGAAAUGUGUAUGGUAAUUUUAUGGAGAAAUUUUCGAUAACUUUAGGGGAGAAAUACAUGCAUACAUACACAAUUGCUUAUUAUAACAUGCCGACCCUUCUCAGAAACAUCGCUCACGUCCAGACUGGAAAUUCAGAUCGUUUACUUGUCAAAAACACAAAUUUCCAUGAGACCCAUUUUAUUUUGUUCGCUACAAAAAAUGAGCACGCUCGUUGAUCUUUCACAAAAAUUGAGAUUUAUGAGUCCCCAGUCAGCAUAAUUUGAGGUAAUUUGAGACUGACGGUGCCGUAGUUUCUCAUAAUUCUCAAUUUCUCUGAAAGUUCAACUGUGUCCGAAUGGAGAGUACCUGUAUUUUUUUAUUUUUCACAAUGCAGCAUGAAUUUUAAACGAGUUUCUUGCCAAAAUCCCAGGUUUUCAAAAUCCUGUAAUUUUUAGAAGUUAGCACCAAGUUCGCGCAAUGACCACAAGCACAGAUAAACCGAGCAAUUUCACGAAUUUGUUGCACUCAUAAUUUUCAAAAUUCUUCGCAUUUGCACAAGUUCCGCAGUAAAUGUUGUUUUUAGGAAAAACAAAUUUUUCAAUGUUUUGAGAUUUUUAGUUUAUGUAUGAAAAUAAGCUUAACAAAGUGAGGCAAGAUGAGUCACAAAACAAAAUAAAGCGGUAAAUAUGUAAGUUCUCCCUAUACUCUUGGCAUUUGAUAGACCCUUUGCUCCCUAAACAAUGAAAUAAGAGGUCGAAUCCGCUUAUUAAUUUACUAACCAAAUGAAUGGAUAACGAGGAGGGAACCGAAAUCGACCAGGAUGACGUGGCUGCUGAGGUGGAAGAUCCAAAGAAAAUGUCGAAAGAUGCAUCCCCCAACUGUAAUAAAAAUGGGACGGGACACAUUUUGCAAGAUUUACUCUCCUCCACCAUCCAUCUCGACAGAUUAGAUUUUAAUACCCCACCGCAACGACACGAUCACAACUUCCUGAAAAUUGAGGACGAUAACUCAUCGCAAGAAUUAAGGCGCUGUUCGAUCUGCUCCGAAUCGACAAAUCUGAGUCCUCUCCCCCGAAGAAAUGGGAAUUCUUGCCAAAUUCGUUUUAAGUCAGGGGCAAAUUUCUCUCAUUUUACAAGCUGAAGAUCAUCCACCAAUAUUUUGUUGUAAAAUUUGCUCCUCCGCGAUCCUCUCCUUGGCCAAAUUGACCACGCAAAUUGAAAAUAUUACCAUUGCUCUCCGUUCCGUCAUUUCCAGCAGGAAUGGACUCUUUAAUCAGCUGCGAAAUGAUUCCAAAAUUAUUGAAUUAUGGCGUGAAAUAGCAGCUUGUCCUGCUGACACUAUUUCUAACAAUAAUGACGAUACUGGAUCCUUUGAAGAAGAAGAAUUCUCCGUAAAAUUCGAGCCAACCUCCGAAGACGAAAACUGCGACGACGACGACGACACCACGCCGGCAGAGAGUGACGACUCAGACGGUGCAAAUUUCGAUGUUCAUGCCGAAUCAAAAUAUGUGUGCACAAAAUGCCAACCUAAUGUCACGUUCACCCAGUACGAUAGCCUCAUACGCCACAUGAAGAACAAGAAUAUUCACCCAGACAUUUCCGAUGCCUAUAUUUCUCACUUGCAACUUCGCUUAGCACCAAAGAAAUUUACGUGCAAAAUAUGCAACAUGAAAUUCGCCAGAAAUACGGACCUCCAGCGACACUUGAGGAACAAGAAAAUACAUCCCGUAGCCGCAUUUGGAAAGAAAUAUGUUUGCAAAACAUGUAACGCCACAUUUACCAGACUUGACGGCUACAAGCGCCACAUGACGAACAAGAAUAUUCAUCCCGACCUUUCCGAUGUUGCUAUUGCAGCCGCAUCAAAGAAACACGUUACAAAUUCGAAUGUUGAAUCAGAACAUGUCUGCAAAAUAUGUCAACCCAACGUGACAUUUACCAGGCAUGACGCUUGCCUGCGCCACAUGAGGAAUUAUCAUCCCGACAGAUCGGAUGCUUCUAUUUCCGUCGUGCAACCUCGUUUGGCAUUAAAGAAAUUUAUAUGCAAGAUAUGUAACAUGAAAUUCACCACAAACUCGCAUCUGCGUCAACAUUUAAGGAACAAGAAUAUUCAUCCCGACCUAUCCGAUGCUGAUAUUUCCGUCGCAUCAAAGAGAAACGUUACACGUUCGAAUGCUUCUAUUUCCGUCGUGCAACCUCGUUUGGCAACAAAGAAAUUUACGUGCAAGAUAUUUAACAUGAAAUUCACCACAAAUUCGCAUCUUCGUCAACAUUUUCGAAAUAAGAAUAUUCAUCCCGGCCAAUCGGAUGGUGAUCUUGCCGGCGGCGAUGGGCGUUUACUACAAGCAAGAAAAAUUCCUUGCAAAAUAUGUGGGAUGAAGUUGUCCAGUAAUUGGGCUCUCUUGUGCCACGCAAGAAGCCUGCAUCGAAAUAUUACCCCUGCCACUAAUUCUGCGGUAUCGAACACAACAGAUCGGCUCAUCCCUCUAAAACGGAACCUACUUCCAUGUUCAAAAUGUGACAAGAGUUUCUGCUCGAACUGGAAGUUACUCCGACACAAACGCUCCAUUCACGGACAGGUUCCUUUUAUGCGGAAAUGUACCCGUUGCCCGCGCACCUUCGCGCACUUGAGCUUAUUGCAAAUGCACAUGCGUAAAUGUUACAAUGUUCCAAUUGUUCCAUGCAAAGGAGCGCGUCAUUCCUGUGCCAUAUGUUCAAAAACCUUUGUCACACCGACACAUAAGAACCGUCACGUUGAACUUUUCCAUUUCCUGGACAAGACGUGCUGCCCGUACGGAUGCCCGACCCAGUUUGGCUCGGAGGCUGAAUGGGUGACUCAUUUGGAGGGGUGUGACUCCCCAAAAAUGAGUGCAGAAUCGGAAUGCUUUUGCCAAUAUUGCCCCGCCGUGUUCCGCAACAUCCUCUUGCAGAUAGAACAUCGUCUGCGCGUACAUCCCGAAAGGUGCUACCCUUGUUCUAUGUGUGGACAGAGACUUACCCGCCUAAGUGCUCUACGUAAUCACGGGUGCGGUAUGAAUGCAACCACGUUUUCGGAAUCCAGUCUCGAAACUGAAUCAAAAUAUGUGUGCUUAGUCGCUGCCGGCUUCAAACCUCGCUCGACAUUAAAGAAAUUUACGUGCAAAAUAUGUAACAUGAAAUUCACCACAAAUUCGCAUCUCCGUCAACAUCUGAGGAACCAAAAUAUUCAUCCCGGUCUUUCCGAGGCCGAUAUUGUCGGCUUGAAACCGGGUUCGGCAUCGAAGAAAUUUACGUGCAAAAUAUGUAACAUGAAAUUUACUAGAAAUUAUCAUCUCGUUCAACAUUUAAGGAACAAGAAUAUUCAUCCCGGCCUUUCCGAUGCUGACAUUUCCGCCGCAUCAAAGAAAAUCGUUCCAAAUUGGAAUGCUGAAUCGAAAGUGUGCACAAUAUGCCAGCCUACUGUGACAUUUACCAGACAUGACGCUUGCCUGCGCCACAUGAGGAAUAUUCAUCCCGUCAGAUCGGAUGCUUCUAUUUCCGAAUUGCAGCGUCACGUAUCACCAAAGAAAUUUGCGUGCAAAAUAUGUAACAAGAAAUUCACUACAAAUAAGCAUCUCCGGCGAGAUUUGAGGAACACGAAUAUUCAUCAACACAUUGCCGAUACGUAUAUUUCCGGCAGUAGUCCCAGUGCUUCACUCCGGACAAGCUUAAGCCAAGGAGCGCGUCCGUCCUGCGCCAUAUGUUCAAAAACCUUCUCCACAUCGGGAAACAAGAAUCGACACGUCGAACUGGUCCACUUCCUGGACAAGACGUCCUGCCCGUACGGAUGCGCAACCCAGUUUGGCUCGGAGGCUGAGUGGGUGACGCAUUUGGAGGGGUGUGACUCCCCGAAAAUGAGUGUAACAUCCCAAUGUCUUUGCCAAUACUGCCCCGCCGUGUUCCGCAACAUCCUCUUACAGAUAGAACAUCGCCUGCACGUUCAUCCGGAAAAGUGCUACGCAUGCUCAGUUUGUGGGAAAAAAUUUUCCCGCUUACAUUUUCUCCAUGACCACCGUUGUAAAUAAAUGGUAAAAAAUAUUUACUGAUAAUUUAAAAUAAAGACAGUAAAACCCGA